AUGGCAACCACUCGAACCGCCUCGUUCCGCCCGUCAAUACGACUGUCACCGGUCCACUCGCGCGAGAACUCUCGGUCAACAUCGCCCGAUCGAAGUGCCCCCUCAUCGUACCAGAAGAUCGACCCAUUGCUCAGCAAUCUUUCGCCCGAAUCAACCCUCCUCGCUCUCACCUCCACCGAAGCCGUGCCAUCCAACGGCAAUUUCUCUCACAAUGUGCUCUCCCAGAGCAUCUCUCAAGUCUCACCCGCGGAACGUGCUGUUGGCAUCCGCGCAGCCAUUGCCGCGCAGAAUCUCAAUGUCUGGUACAAAGAGGUCCGAUCAUGGACGUGGCCCGCACUUGACGAUGCCAAACUUGGAGCUGGAUUCAUGCCACCAGCUGAAACGUCAGUGGAAGCAGAUGUCGCCGAGUCAAACCAGAACCUGCCCCUUGAUGGGCCUCAGGACCAAAGCGGCUCCAAGGUCGAGUUCUAUGGCAGUUUGCCAGCCACGCUGGUGGGAGAAUACGAAAGGAGAAUUGAUGAAAUACGUGAUGGAAUGGAAAAUCUCAACGUCGAGGAAUUAAAGGAGCACGUCCUCAAUGCCCACAUUCCAUCCCGCUCCCGCCCGUCCUCCUCGACCAGCUCGGGGUCCGUGCCUCCACCACUCAGCUACGUGCAAUUGAGUGACUUUACCGCCGUGGUCACCGCGACGAUUCUGCGUGCUUUGCCUCUGCUGUCACGACUGACCAGUCUCUUGACUACCUGGGAUGUCCGCCUACUCGUUCUUCGCCAAGUACCAGGCCUUUUGCGGGAGUUGAAGGCCACGCGGCACGCAUUAGAUCGCUCGCUGGAAGCGCUCCGUACAACCGAUGCCCUGGAAGACAGUGAGGCGAGGCAGACCGACUCGCAUUUGCUUGCCGAACAUGGCAAGAUCGAAUCUGCCGUUGUGGCCGUAGGCCGACGAAUGGAUCGAGCUUUGGAUUCAUUAGAGGGGCGACAAGACUCUUUGCCAGAAAGUUGGAUCGACGAUUUGGAGAACAUUGAGUUGGAUUUCGCUUCUUGGUCAGUUGAGGCUGAGAGAUACAGGCUCCGCACCAAGUGGCUUUGCAUGAGGGAAGGACAGAAGACAGCCGAGCUUAAUGCGCAGGAUGAACGCGAAAACGAGAGAUCGCCGUCACUGAGAAUUACGGUCGUCGAAGAGACAACAAAACAACCGCCAACAAAUGAAGCCGGGUCGAAAGUACUGUCCCCGAUCGGGGAAUCGAUAGAGAUUGCAGAACUCAAGUCUCAUUCUCGUGAAUCAAAGAUUGAUGAAGAUCAUCAAUUUCAAGAUUCCGAAAAUCGCGGCAUGUCCCUGGUUCAGAGUGAGAUGGCGCAGCUGCUGGUCUCAGUGCCUGAUGCACCUUCAGGGACAAGACUUUUUCUCCCCCAAAACCCGGUCAACGAGAGUCUGCAAGACCAUCACCGCCCAUCUCAAACGCACCGCGAUGAAAUGCAACCAAUGGACAGCAGCUUGCCAUUUGACACGCAAGCACCAAGGACACCAGAAAUUGGUGUCAAUGAAAGCACUCCUUGUGCUUUCUUUAGUGAAGAGGCUCGACUCCCUUCAGAGCGAAUGAAGGCGGUGGUCUCGCCGAAAGACGAGAGGCUGAUGGAUUGUGAUCCCUUUGUUCAAGUCGCGCCGAUGUCAGAUAGUGUUGAAGCCAACACUGGGUCUCGUAAACUUGCUAUGCAUCACCCGGCAGGGGGACUUGUCCAAGACCAUCUCUCGACCGACAGAAUAGGUCAUGGUGGACUUCCCAAUACAGAUAAAUCAUUCUCUGUGGAUCUUUUGUCGUUGUCUCCCCGACAAACGCCGAAGACGACCCUCAGUUCACCGAACAGCUCGAAGCCUGCUGAACUCUGGGAAUUCGGAGCACGUCUAGUAUCUGUGGACCGUACAUCAGCGCCGACUGCCAACCCCCAUCCCGCCAAAAAUCCUGAGGCCGGGCCAGAUAGCCCUCAUUCCUUCUCCGCACUCAUAUGGAAGCCCAAACCACAGUCAGAGCCUGCCUCUCAUUCAAAUUCACGACCCGCGUCUGCCACCACUGUGGAUACGAUGGAAAAUUCGACGGACAAACAACCAAAACAAGAACAGUCAACCUUUCGCAAACCGUUGCAGAGUCCUAUUAAGUUGGCCAAGCACCGUCCCGGCAAAUUAGACCUCAAAAAAGAAACAAGACCACGGCAGCUUUAUCGGAGAUCAUCGACUGGUUCUUCGGGCUCUUUGCUUUCUGAUAACUCCUCUCUGCUCUCAAGCCCCGACGCUCCUGAGCCGCAAACGGGCUCUUCACGCGAUGUCCCUCUCAUGACCCUAUCGCGAGAGACUCUUCCUCAUGUGGAGCCCGGGCUUCCUCAAGAAAAGCACAUUCUGCAAGCAGAUCAACUCUUGCGCCUUGAUAACGUAAAAUCGACUCCACGGGGCUUUUCACAGACCCGGGCAGUCAGCUUGCCUCUCGAGCGUUUCAUCAACGACGAUUUCGACUUUGAUCAACACGAUCAAAGCGAGUCCGACGUGGCCAGAGACUUGGAACAUCUGAAGUCUGCAAUGGAUCAGCUGCCCGACCCGGUAACGGCUCAUGCUAAGCCUUCUCCGGCUGUCGCAUCUAAUGGGGCUAGUAGGGUGCAUAGACUCGCGCGCGGAAGAUCCGCGUCGGACCUCAAGGACACUACAAGGUCCAGAAAGACCGUCGAACGCCCCAAGAAAGUAUUUGGCAUGAACACUGCUCAUCGGGCUCUGCUCCAUCAGGAUCAGCCCAAGUCUGCUCGCCUUCGUCAGCGGCUUACAGCCCAUCCGAGUCUUGAAAGUCUGGGUAUGAAGCGACAGGAAUUGCCCUUUGUCGAGGAAGACGAGGCCGAGGUGGCUUACGAAAGCUCUCGUGCUUCGUCUCCAAUGAGAUGCAGACCUCGAGAUCACCUCGAUGAAAAGAUCGAUUCCAUCUUGAGUGGUUUACCUGGCAGGAUUCAUCUCGUCAACGCUAGUCAUGACCCUGAGACGUCCAUGUCAAACAUGGACCGCAGAGCACGAGGCCGAUGCCAAUCUGAAUCACCUCGCGGCGCUGCUGUGCGUAGCACCACGCCCGCGCCCUCCAUGAUGCUGAUGCCAGCUGCUCGCAGACGAUUGUCGCAUGCUCAUAAGCCGGAAGAUAGCUGCGUGAAGCUGUAUCAUUUGCAUCACGGUGGUCAAACCGCGCCUACCAAGCUCUUCGUGCGCACCGUUGGAGAAGAAAAGCAGCGCGUCAUGGUACGUGUGGGUGGCGGUUGGGCAGAUCUCGGCGAAUACUUGCGCGAGUACCUCACCCACCAUGGCCGUCGCAAAGUCUCCGAAACCCCACGCGUGGAGGUGCAAGGCUUGACUUCCAAAACAUCACCCAGCUAUCCGUCUCCCGCGGCUGCGAUGACUCCAGCGACGACGUCUCCUUAUCUCACCUCCGGCCGAGCUACUCCGUCUCGUCCUCCAUCGGUGAUCAGUGCGCGUCCAGCAUCUUCGUUAACCGUUCGAAAAAGACGUGGUUCGAAUGUCUCGGAGACCUUUGCGCCUCGAUCAGUGACCGCUGGAAACCUUAGCUCCUUUAUCUCCCCUCCGCAGGCCCUUCCCUCCCGCCAGCGUCGUGUCUCCAUGUCCUCUAACUUUUCCUACAACAACCAAUUCCUCCACCAACCUCGUGCAGGGUUCUGUUGGCCACGACUCCCAGUCGGCGCCUCUUGGUCUUGCCGGCCCCAAGCCCCGCUCACGGCAUAUUUCCAUGAGCCCGAGGGGGAGGCUUGGGUCGAGGAUGUCUUGCAGCAGACGCGGCGGUCCAGCUCCGCUCAUCCUCCCACUUUUGCCUUGAACUCGAUUUUUGCCUCGGAAAAGCCGGCCGAGGUCCGUUCGGGUGAUCGCCGCGAUCACCACACCGGGAGCCACACCCGACGACUUUUGCCCAAAGUCUCCAGCGUCAGCGACAUUCGAUCCGUCGGGUCAAGUAAACAAGUCUCUCUACGGGGUCUUGGUAACGGAGCCAAGGCUAAUAUGAAGCGCGAGCGCAAUGCCGCUGACAAGGGCAAGGUUGCAAAGUCGCAGAUCAAGACCAACGAAAAAGCCAUGAACAUCCAGUGCAAGGUCUGCCUGCAGACAUUUUUGCAGACGACCAAGGCUCCUGCCCUGCUGGAGCAUGCCUCCAACAAGCACAAGAAAGGUCUUGCCGAGUGCUUCCCGGGUGUGAGCGCAUAG